AUGUCGAAACAGUUUUUAACUGAAUUCAUAUUUUGCCUGCAAAAUGAGCCCGCUCUGUGGCAGGCAAACAGUGAGGCGUACAAGAACAAGAGUAUGCGGAACAAAGGAUGGGAAAUGCUAUUGCAUAAACUACAAGAAAAUGAUCCAGAAGCGACCAUCGAUACGGUGAAGAAAAAAGUGAAUUCGCUGCGUGCGACUUACAGACGCGAGUCGAAAAAAAUAAAAAGAAGCGAAAAAUCGGGUGACAUUUAUCAGCCAAGCAUCUGGUACUUCAAGGAAUUGAGUUUCCUGGAUGAAAUCAACACUUUCGAUGAGGAUGACGGCCCAGAAAUUGAAAUGGCAAAGGCGGCGCCUAAACGCAAACAUGAUGAAGACAAAAAGGCAGUGGCAAACUUGGAAAAUUUGACCACGAAAAAAACUAGAGAUGACGCCGACAUAUUCGCAGAAGGAUGGGCGGUGAUGUUCCGGCAGUUGUCCGAGGAGCAGCAGCUGUAUGCAAAAAAAGGAAUUGACGAGAUCCUUUUGCAAGGCCGCUUGAAUAUGCUGACAUAUCAUGCUGUGUCACGCAUUGGAAUAAAAUAA